AUGGUGCGGACGCGCUCACUCACUCGCGGCACGCUGGCCAGCAUUUCUAGUCUCUGGCAGGGCGAGCAGUACAGUCAGAUCGCUACUCCUGGCGAUGACAGUGUUGACGGUAGCAAAAGCGAGGGCGAACUCGAGCAGCAAGCAUCGCUUCAGCCGUCGCGACGCAGAAUCGCGCUCAAGCUUGCCUUGCUUAGUCUUUCAGCCGCUUGCCUUUGUCCGAUAGCGUACAUAGCAUAUAGACAUUUGCCGGUAUCACUAAACGCGACACGAAUCGAGUCAACGCUUUGGCAGAUACUGGAGAAUAUAAAUUAUGAGCCUCUUUCUACUGUCGAUAUAGAUCAAACAAGCGACCGAAGUCCGCUAGAAUCAGGGCUCCCGGCUCUCCUGUUUCCUGGCAAGGACCGAUUCAAUAACCACGUCUAUAUAGCCCUGAAGGCUGGCUACCUAGGCCUCAAGACGCGGCGGAGCGUGAUUUUCCCCAAUCCAGAUGGUCCGUUGCCGCUCUCUGCAAUUUUUGACCAUCAAGGCGCGUCAAAGAAAGCGAGCAGUCCGGUUUCUUUCGAUCUCAGCCACAUAACAAACGACACGCUUCGUCUGGGAUGCUGGGCUGAGCAUGCAGGCGCUAAUUUCACCGAGUUCGGAACGCAGAUAGCAACAUGGCCGAUUCCGUCUAUAGAGGGCUAUGAUGCAAAUUCAUACGAGCUGGUCGAGCAGAUUUCAGCCCGUUUCGAGACCUUCGAGACCACCCUGGACCAUCUGGCGGAGACUGAUGAACGCUUCAAGUUGCAACGGCGCCCGUCGGACAAGUUGCUGUGCAUGUAUCCGGCAUUUGGGUUGCACGAGCAAGACUUCAGCAGCAUCCACGGCCGUCCCUACGACAACGACAUCAUGGCUCUCCAGGAUCCUGCCUGGCAGUACUACGGGCGGCAUCUGUAUUUUUCUCGCGAGAUCGAGCGUCUCGCAGAUCUUGUAAUCGCAUCAACGAUAGACAAUCCUGCCAUACCUUUUGCGACUGUACAUAUCAGAAGGGGCGAUUUCUGUAGCGCCCGCUUCAGCAGAGCAAAUUGCAAUCAAGCCCAUGCCAAGACACUAGAUCACUAUGCAGCGGCCCUUGAUGGCUUCGCACGUCAGGAUGAUUGCAAUCAAAAGCAUGGUUUUCCCAAAGUGCUCGUUAUGACUGACGAACUCGACCCAACCUUCGCGGAAGCAGUCGGUCACCGCGGUUGGCAUAUGAUACGUUCCGAAGCUAUCAUCGCCGUAAAUCUUCCGGCAGACUGGCUAGGGCUGAACGUAAAGCCUCGCUUCCUUGCUGGUAUAGUAGACGGAGCCAUCAUGGCCCGGGGUCAAGCCUUUGCAGGGACUCACCGAAGUACCAUGUCGGCCCUUGCACAACUACGGGUUCAGACCUGGCAGAAUGGCUGCAGUGUGCUAGUCAAUCCGCAAUAG